GCGAUCAUGCUUUCUUAAAAUAAACAGGAUAAAAAAAAUUAGCUGGAAUUAGCAAAAUCUACUGCCAUUUUAAAAUCUCUUUUACUGUUUACUGUUUUACGGUAUUAUAAAUCGACAACAUUGGUAUGAAACACUCUUUCACUCAAAUACUUUCGUUAUGUCAAAAGUCAAAACAAUUUUUAUAAACAUUAAUUGAAGUAUUGAGUGAAUAUUGAGUCAACCAAGUGAGAAUUAAACAUAGUAGAAUUUGUUUUUAGUAACCAUGAACAAAAACUUGCAGAAGAUUCUAAAUUUUAAAUUCUCGCAAAAAAGGAACAUUUUCUUCAAUUAUAAUCUUAAAGUUAAUGAGGCAAAUGAUAGUAAAAGCACAAAAGAUGAGAUUAAUCAUCACGCAAAUUUAGCAACAGACUGGUGGAAUAAACAAGGCCCAAUGAAAGCCCUUCAUGCUUUAAAUGAAUUAAGGGUACCAUUUAUACGUGAUGGAAUAGUGGCUAAAAAUAAUUUAUAUUUUAGAGAAAAUAAAGGCAAAAUUUUAGAUGGUGUGAAUAUUCUUGACGUUGGAUGUGGCGGGGGUAUCUUGUCCGAAAGUUUAGCUAACCUUCACGCUAAUGUUACUGGCAUUGAUUUAGGGGAAGAUUUAAUUACUGUUGCAAAAGAACACCUAAGGAGCCGCACCAAAAAGUAUCAAAAUUCAUUAAAAUAUGAAGUAGAAUCGAUUGAAAAGCAUGCUCAAAAAAAUGAAUCAAAAUAUGAUGCUGUAAUUUUAUCAGAAGUGAUCGAACACAUCAAUGAUAAAGUUGAAUUUAUAAAGAACUGUGUUGAAACUUUAAGAGUCGGCGGUUCAAUAUUCAUAACUACGCCUAACAAAACAAUUUUAUCCCGGUUGUUUGUAAUUGAGUUUGCUGAAAAGUGUACAAAUGUGGUCCCAAAAGGAACUCACACAUAUGAAAAAUUUAUCAGCCCAUUAGACUUACAAAGAAUAUUAGAUAGUUUUAAUUGUAAUACAAUUAUCGUCAAUGGAAUGUGUUAUGACUUUCUUUCUAAUAAAUGGAAGUGGACUUCAAAUUUAGAACUUUGCUACGCUUUACAAGCUGUCAAAAUCCGGUAAUAUAAUACAUAACAGCUUUAAAGAUUAUGAAUUAAUGUAAUAAAAAAGUUUAGUUUUGCGAUAUUUUAUUGAUCAGUACAUAAAGUUUAAAAGUACAUUAAAAACUUAUGCCCAAAACAAUUAUAUUAACUAUUUUAAUAGUAAAUUCUUAAAUAAUAUAUUUUGUUUACAUAUAAAUCAAAAUUUCGUCGACUAUAUUGUUAGUUUUAUUUAUGUAUGUUUAGUUGACCUAUGUAUGUAUAUUAAAAAUGAAAUU